AACAAUUACAUUUAGUUGCGAAAUUCAAUAGAAUAGAAAAUAAUCUAACAUGAGUUAUCCAUUUAGAUGUUUUCCUUCUUUGCGUGGUUGUUUGUUGAAAAUGAACUAUCAUAGAAAGCAGUCCUUAAGAAAGUGUUCGCGUGUCGUUGAAUGUGCAGAUGAAAAUCAAGUACAUUUUAAUGUACCUCCGUUUUUAAAAUUACCGCCGAGACAGCCUGAAAGAAGAAAGCAAAAUUACAACUAUUUUCUUGUUUUAGAUUUUGAAGCUACUUGUGACUCACCUGUAAAUGUAAUGCCACAGGAAAUUAUAGAAUUCCCAGUCUUAAAAGUGAAUGGUGAAACAUUUGAAACUGAGUCAAUAUUUCAUUCUUAUGUUAGACCUGUUGCCAAUCCAGAAUUAACAGACUUCUGUAAACAGUUAACUGGUAUUACUCAAGAUAUUGUUGAUGAUCAUCCAGUAUUUGAAGAUGUGUUUGAGUUUUAUAAUUGA